AGAGAGAGAGGGGGGAAGGCAGAGUUUUCCAUCAGAAAGAGCUCAGUUUGGGGUAGGUCCAGCAGCAGCACGACCAAAGCAUCAGAAGCUGUUGACAUGUGAAAACCACAAGAAAAUCACAAAAUCAGGACAUAGGACCGUGACCUACUGCUGUCACACAUCCCAAAAAAAAACCAAAAAAAAACCCAGAAGGACUUUCUAUCAAAUCCAUAUGAGCCGCUUGAUUUUUGUCAGGAGAAGAGAAGUGGACACCAACCAAAGGAGUGAUUCCAAGCACCAGAGGACAUAUUCACUUAUCAGACAGGUGAAGAGGACAGAGACCCACAGCUCUGGAACGUCAUACUGAGGCUGAGUCGUGACAGAAUGAGCCUGUCUCGCAACGGGACAUUGGAGAAGGCCAUAUCCCAGCAGCCCUCCAGCGACAUGGCUGACCUUGAGUCACUGCAACCCCGCCUCCAUCACACUAGCUCCACCUCUUCGGCGGGGCCAGGGGUGGUUGUGCCACCACCCUACUCUGUGGCAGGCAGCACGGUAGCCGAGUCUCCGCUGGAACUCCGGGGCUCUCUGGACUGCUGGGCGUGCUCGGUUCUCGUGACGGCCCAGAACCUCCUCAUCGCGACCAUCAACGCAGGCCUGGCGGGUGCGGUCUUUGGCCUCAUCCUCACCCCAGCACUUGUUAUGGUGGUGUUUGGAUUCCUGUGCCAUUCGACGGUGCAGCCCCAUGGUACCUCUAUAUAUUGCUCCAACCUGCUCAAUGACACCGCGUGCGUGGCCCUGCUGGUGGUGGGCUUCUUGCUACUGGUGCCUCUGCUGGUCUUGGCUCUGGCAGCCUACUGCAGACUGGCCCGCCACCUCCAGCUGAGCCUGUGCUUCAUCCCCUAUAGCCGUGCCGUCUACAAGAACCUGCCCGUCUCCCAUAAAAGGGGACUGGGGGGCUGCUGUGGCCAGCAGGGGGCGACAGAGAGUGAUGGGAAGGGCAGUGUGUGGGUAUGAAAUAAACAGGCGCUGGAGAGCAGGCUGGAAGAACUGAAGCUCCAGAGAGCAUUCCAUCGAAAUGCGUUUUAAGGGGAGAAUGUGUAAAAUGCACUCGCGUUUGUGUGAUAAACAGCUACUUGGACAAGCGCCUGGCUGCCUGGAGUCUUUACUCCUCACAUACAUGUGCAGGCUGCUUUAUAAUAACUCCUCUGGUCGCUUUUGAUAUAUGAGUAUCUGGUCCGUUCUUCUCUCUCUCCCCCCUACACACACACACACACACCCAUGAACUCCAUGAACACAUACACACAUUUUAUUCUUGACUAUUUUUAUUUUUAAAUAUAAAAUUUGUAUGUGAAGACAGAACGACUGACUACAUGACAGAUGUACUUUCAUUUAACAGUUGUGUGCCUUUUUACUCUGAGUAUAUUAUGCAGUAUGUAUGUUAUACUUUUUUAUUUCAUGUUCAAUAAACUUGGCGUUUUAAUGCUA